UGAUUGUUAAUCUGAACCGGUUCGUCUACGAUAGUAUCUUGGAUUGAAGUAUCGUUUCUAAAUUUUCGAUUAAAUUUCUACAGUUCAAUUGUUUUCCACUACAGUGCCUGUUACUUGCGUACGGUUCUGUUGAAACCUGAAGAACAAGGAGAAACUACACAGAAAAUCUCGGACAACCUCGAUUAAUCCGUGAAAAUGUUCGAAGAGCCACUGGUCGUCGAGAAUGUACACAUGUACGAAAAAGAAAACGCGAAAGUGCAUCAUACGAUCAAUUACGAGCUGGUGCACCUUGAUCCACCAGCGGCAGUUCUUCGACGAGGUCAGACUUUCAACGUUGCUCUGAGAUUCAACCGAGAGUACGUGGACGACACGGAUAUCGUUCGACUGCUGUUCAGCUUCGGUCCGAAUCCGAAUGUUCUGAAAGGAACCAGAGGUGUGAACACUGUCACCAAUAGAGACAGUUACCUGACCGAUUUGGAAGCAUGGGGUGUGCGUAUGGUGGGCCUCAGCGGAAUGGAUCUGUCCGUGGAAGUGAGAAGUCCCGUGGACAGCCCUGUUGGAUUAUGGCAAUUGAACGUCGAGACUACCACUGUGGCGAGAAAGAAACAGGCGCCGAGGACUUACAACUACGACAAGGACAUUUAUCUGCUGUUCAAUCCAUGGUUGAAAGAGGAUUUAGUGUACAUGGAGGAUGAACAGCUGUUGGACGAGUAUGUUUUGAACGACGUUGGAAAAAUAUGGGUUGGUCCAUGGGGUAGUUCGCGUGGCAGAGAAUGGGUAUUCGGCCAGUUCGACGCCGUAGUACUUCCGGCCAUUCAAUUAAUGCUCGAAAGAUCUGGCAUUAAGGCUAUUUCCAGAGGCGACCCGGUGAAAAUGUGCCGGGCUAUUUCGAGAAUUAUAAACUCGAACGACGACAGAGGCGUUAUUACCGGACGUUGGGACGGAGACUACGCCGAUGGUACCGCUCCAGCCACGUGGACCGGAAGUGUGCCCAUUUUGGAGGAAUUCUUGGAAACCGGCGAAUCGGUGAAAUACGGGCAAUGCUGGGUGUUCGCCGGUGCUGUGACCACAGUCUGUCGAGCCCUUGGAAUUCCAUCGAGGGUGGUUUCGAACCUGGUAUCGGCCCACGACGCGAACGCCUCGUUAUCUGUUGACCGUUAUUACAACACCGAAAACGAGGAACUCGAGUACGAUCCUAACAAUUUGAACGGCGAAGAUUCCAUCUGGAAUUAUCACGUUUGGAACGACGUGUGGAUGGCAAGACCGGAUCUGCCGAAAGGUUACGGUGGCUGGCAGGCGAUCGAUGCAACUCCGCAGGAAACUUCAGACGGUGUUUAUCAGUGCGGUCCAUCUUCCGUCGAGGCGAUUCGACAGGGAGCCGUUGGGUAUAAUUACGACGUGACGUUCAUGAUCGCCUCCGUGAAUGCUGAUCUGAUGAGGUGGAAGGAAGAUCCGGAGACCGAGCUUGGAUACUCGAAGAUUGAUUGCAACAAGUAUCACAUUGGUCGCAUGAUCUUGACGAAAGCACCUUGGAUUUUUGAUCCCAACGGCGACAGAGACAGAGAGGAUAUCACUUUGUUGUAUAAAGCGAAAGAAGGAACCGAAGCCGAACGUCUGACGCUCUACAGAGCCGUUCGCAACACGGAAGUCGCCAAGAGAUUUUACUCGAUGCCAUCAGGAGCGAAAGAAGACGUCGAGUUCGAUCUCGUGGACCUUGAUCGUGUGAACAUCGGCCAACCGUUCGCAGUGACAGUACACAUGAAAAAUAAAUCCAACCAGCUACGAACCAUCCAAGCCAUCUUAUCCGCUGGUAGCGUGUAUUACACUGGUGUCAAGGCGAACCUGAUAAAGAGAGCUUCCGGUGACUUCGUUCUCCAGCCCAAUGCAAGCGAACAGUUGAGGCUCACGGUCACGGUGGACGAUUAUUUGGACAAGCUGGUAGAGUACUGUAUUAUGAAACUGUACUGCAUUGCCACGGUCAAGGAGACUAGACAGACAUGGGCCGACGAGGACGAUUUCCAAGUCUUGAAACCGAACAUCGAGGUCAAGAUCGACGGCGACCCAACCGUAGGAAGACCGUCAACAAUCACUCUGCGUUUCAAGAAUCCCUUGAGAAGACCUCUGACAGAAUGCAAGUUCAAUUACGCGGGACCAGGAUUGUCUAAGAACAAAACUUUAAUGUUCAGAGACGUCGAACCGGAAGAAGAUGUCUACGUGGAGCAUCAACUGAUCCCUCAAAAGGGUGGCGCACAGAAAAUCAUCGCCACUUUCACUUCCAAACAACUGCUGGACAUAACUGGAUCCGCUGCUAUUGAUGUUCUCGAUGAGGACGAAUAAAAUUCAUUUAAUUCGACCUAUUUCGCCGUUUUCAUUUCUAUUAAAUACCAAUGUUAUUAGUGAAUAUAUUAUGUAUAUCCCCAUAAUCCCACUUUC